CUUGCCUGGUCAUUAUUGAAACAUUCGUUGAAUUUCCGAGGAAACCCAAAUUCAUUGUAAAGUAGGGCUCUAGAAAGAUCCGGGUUUAGAAGUCCUUCUUUUCAGAGUUGGGCCUCGCUUGACGGUGCAGUUCUUUCCGGAUUGCUACGGAUUGGUUCAUAGGGUUUCCUGAAAGAUCUGAACGGGUUGGGACGAGAAAUUUGGUGAUUGUUGCCAUCGUCCUCUUUCGCUGUCGUACGCAUUUUCCUGUUGAAGGAGGUUGUGAACUGAUUUUGGAAGUUAUUGGAGCAAGCAUGCGAUGUGAUCUUAUGGGUGCCUUAGCUGCCGAUACGCGAUAUCUUAUGUCGUUCCAGGACAGUGGUGAUGGAGAUGAGGUGUCUUCACUUGCACACUUCACUCUAGCUGGGGCUACCGUGAUCAGAUAUUGCCUGUAGAUUUAGAGAGCGUGAAAAACGGACUGGGUGCUCUUUUGAAAGAAUGAAACGCAUGAAAUAAAGGCCACGAGAGCAAGCAAACAGAGGAUCAAGGUCAUGGCAGCCGACCUGAAAAUGGAAGAAUUCGCUUGGGAUGACGAAUUGCGAGGCGAGGUGCAAGCUGUAUUUUCCUCCGUAGAGCACGUUCUUGCGGCAUUCUAUGUGGAGAAGAGCACCAGCUCGUGGGGUAUUGGCGGUCGUCGUUCCCGCCCGUCAAGCCAGCAUCGCAUUCUUGCCCUCACUGUCAAGCCUUCACCAGUGACUAAAAAAAUGAAAGUAUGCCUGCAUGUGGUGAAAGAAUCUGCCACUGGUCUUAAGACGCUGAAAGUGCACAAGCUGAGUCAUUUGAGAGAAGUCGAAGGAGUUAUUGACGAUGAGAGUGGACGUACCUUUAUUCUGAAUUUUGACUUGCUACAAAAACAUUCGGGGACUUCUUCAGAAUGGUCUAUGCGCAGUGUAGAUGACAGGAACCGUCUCCUCAUCUCAGUUACCAAGCUUUGUAAGCUCUACCAUGGUCGGACUCCGAAAAUUACUGGAUUCGAUGUUGUGGAAAUGCAGCUGUGGGCACAGAAAAACGCUAAGUUGGUUACUGCGAAAGGGCCUGCAAAACCGAAAACAAGUGCACCUUCAAAAGCAUUCUCGAAACUGCCAAGAACUCCUACGAUGAACGUGGAAGAUCAUUUUGAUGAGGACGACGUCAAAGACAAUGAAGGGGAUGAGGAAACAGUGGAAAUUGACAGUGAGAACGACGAGGAACUUAUCUCCAAAGACGAGGAAAAGGAUAUGGAUGCUCUUCUGGGCAUGUAUGUGCUAGGCAUUGAUGAAGCAGAUGCUUUCUCUGAACGCUUGAAAAGGGAAAUGAAUGCAUUGGACGAUGCCAAUGUCCAUGCGAUUCUGGAAAACACGCCUCUUGUUGACGAGGUAACUCAAGAGCUAGAGGAGACCCUUGCAGAAGUAGAGGAUUUGGAAGAGUGGCUGGGUGCUAUCAACGUUAAAAUACGCCACAUGCGUGAAGACAUCGCUUCGUUCGAAACCAGGAACAACAGGUUGGAAACACAAACUCACAACAGUAAUGCCCUUUUGAAAGAGUUGCACGUCAUAUUGGACCGGUUUCGAGUUCCAGCAGAGUACGCAAAAACGCUUACGGCAGGCACAUUUGAGGAAGCUAAAGUGGCUGAUAAUGUUGAAGCUUGUAAAUGGCUGGCCAGUGCUUUUCAUGAUCUUGAACCACCUUUUCUAGAAGCCAGAUAUGCUUCUAUGCGAGCCAUAGGGGAGAAGCGUAAUGAGCUUGAAAAGCUCAAGGGCGUGUUUCUGGGACGUGCUACAAACUUUCUUCGCGACUAUUUCUCCAGUAUUGUCGAAUCUAUGAUCAGCGAUAAAUCUUCUUUCUCGCAGAAGGGCGAUCUAAGAAGACCAGAACAUUCUGACCUACGUUUUAAGUGCCGGCAGUACGCAAGAUUGAUUCAGCACAUGAAGGCUCUUGACAAGACCUCCUUGCAACCGCUGCGAAAAUCUUUUUGUCUUUCCCUCAACCACUUGCUGCGACGAGAGGCACGUGAAUUUGCCAACGAAUUGCGAAACAGCACCGUUGUGAGACAAACUUCUACAGCAUUGCUGGAUAGGAUUGACAGUGGCAAGAGUCAACCAAGCCCGAAAGAAUCCCCAAAUGGCGCCUCCACCGUUUCUGAUGCCUAUGCUAGAAUGCUACGCACCUUCAUACCAUACCUAGUCGACGAGAGUACGUUUUUUGCCUCUUUCAUGUGCUUUGAGGUUCAGCCCUUGGCCCCUCAAGUGAAAGGUGAUGCCAAGGAUCGCGUUGAGGAAGAGUCCAGAGUGAAUAGAGAUGACAUUAUUUUAAACACCCCGGACCAACAGGCUCUUGAGUCAAAGGCUCUGAGAGAAGCUCUUCAAGAACUUCUGGAUGGGAUUCAGGAGGAUUUUUAUGCUGUUGCAGACUGGGCGCACAGGGUGGACCCCUGGAGUUGCAUAUCAGUGAAGGGUGUUACAGAAAAGUAUCGUUCUAGUCACAAAGCUGAUGCUGCUUGGUUCGUCCACCAGUUGCUUGACGAUCUUCAAGUUCGCAUUUCUUCUCAUUUCAAUCAGGUCGUUGCUGAAACCAGUAAACUGUUUGAAAGGGCUGACAGAAGCCAGAACACUGGAGUUCUCUAUUCCAUUACAAAGUUUGCGAACGUCGCAUCAUUCAUAGAAUCUCAGAUUGUAGGGCAGAACUCAAGGGAAGAUAUUGACGCUGCUUUUGAGAAAAUGGCAGCUCCAAUAUUCACAGUCAUCGAAAAUGUUGUAAAAAACGAUCCCAAAAAUGCAGAAAUUUUCGCUCUUGAUAAUUACGCUGCGUUUCAAGACAACACGUACGAGCUUGCAGCUGUUACGCCUGCUUUGGAGAAGUUUUACACUCAAGCUUCAGAUGGUUACGCGCAAGCAUGCCAACAAUAUGCCAAGUCCAUGAUUAACUAUCAAUUUGAGAGGCUGCUUUUAUUUUUGCAACGAGUGGAACAAACGCUGCUACAAGUGCAACCAGAACAGGUUUCAGCCAUGCCUGGAUGCACCAAAACAGAUCUGCGAAAGAUGUUGAGGACCAGCCUGUCGUCAGUAGAAAAGACCCUCCAAGUUACGUUUAAGAGAAUGCAGAAACAAAUCCAACGUGAAGAUGUUCUUUCAACUAUCUGGGAUCAAUAUUUUAAGGUUAAAUUUCUCGAGAAAUACACCGCGUUGGAGGAGAUCAUGUUGAAGUGCUACAAAGACGAAGCUUUAAAUCCUUCCUCUGCGGACAUGAAAAAAAUCCUGGAUGGGGUGUACAGUGCAUAACGUAGUAUGCAUGUAUCAGCUCUCUAGUGACUUACGUCACCGUCAGGUAUUUGAAUUCAGCAAACCUUAAAAAUUUCAACCCUGCUCAGGUAAGAUGACUGUACUUAAUACACGGAUUCUCUCGUAAUACAUAUUUAUCAUCUAAAAGAGUUGGUGAUGAUAUAGUUCACAACUUGUUUCUGCAACAUCGAUUAUUUUACAAAUCUUGGUGACUCUGCUCGGUAGUGACCUGAGGAGAUAACACUGAAGGUUGCUCUUAGUGAAGCUCUUGUCCUCUUAGUUUUCAUCUAAGAAUUCUGUAGAUAUCACGUAAAUUAGCUUGAUGAAGUUGUCUCUGUGCUAAUAAUAAUUUCUUUCUGCUAUCACCCAUGUCACCAAGCUGAAACAUGUGACAGCAGUGUGUUAGCAACUCCAGUUGGCUCCUCAAGGGUGCGAAAUUUGCACAACAAUUAGAUUCACCGUGUCCCGUCUUAUCUUGGACAUGAAUUCAAAUUCUGCUUUGAAUUUGCACGUUUA